AUGGCUCUUUCUUUCACUAGGCUUUCAUGGUUGUGGUUGGGAGGGAAGGAAAAGGAGCAAGUCUCAAAUGGGUCCGUCAUAAAUUCAAGAAAUUCUUUAGGCGAUUGGGGAUUAGGAUCAAAUGGGUCCGAAAAGUUGAAAUUCUAUUCGGUGAAAGGGGUAGACAAAAGAAUGCCGAGCUCAGCUGGUAAAGUCAAAAGGAAAUGGAAAAGUAGGGAAGCGAGAGGGAGGAGGGUGGAUAAAGAGUAUGAUGUGGUUUUGGUGCCAUCUGACGGCGUUUGCCUAUCAGGGUCUGAAUCGGAUGACUCGGACUGGUCCAUAGGGUGGCUCGAGCCUCACGCGCCCGAGUUCCAGAGUGAUGAUGACAUGGACGAUAGCUUUGCUGUGUUGGUCCCUUGCUAUAGGCACGACUUCAGAGGAGUAAAUGAGGCGAAUGAGGAGAUAACGUCUAAUCCAUUCUUGAAUGCCGUGAAGAAUUUCCCAGUUGGUUAUUCUGCUGAUGGCACAAAGUACAUGGAGCAGUGGCUUUCCUCUCUCCAGAAUUUUUGA